GGCCUCUUAGAUCUGCUCCGUGACUCGGGCUGUCUGUUUGUUGAUGCACGCCUCCGCUUCUUUCGACUGGAGAAAGCGAGAGGCGCAAGUUUUGAUAUGGCUUUGUCCAUGCUUGCCAGGCUGGUUGCUGCUGCCUCGCGCACCCAGUCUGGCAUGUCAGAGCCUGAGUCAGGGCUUGAGUCCUGUAUAACCACCUUGAGAUCUUCUAACACGGCAUCGAGUUGCCCAUUUAUGUCAUGCCAGCGGACAUCUAGUCGCGUUGGCGUAUUGGCACGGGUUCGAUUAGGGCUUGACGGCGACGGCGGACCUUUGUCCAGUGACGUUGGCCCAAAUAUCGCGCCUACUGGCGGAGGGGCCUUGGACUUGAGUGAGAUGAUAGUGAGCGGUAGGGUUGGACUUGACAUCGUGCGAAGAAAGUCCGCCUGUUCCACUGCGAGUACGGUUGGAAAGAUGCCAUGUGAGCCUAGGCGAAGGGCGAAGAGAGGGGUUCUUAUGCUGAAUGAGAUGUGCCCCAAAGCGCUCUUGCCAGCUUGUCUCAACGAAGACGGCGCAGUUUCACUUCGGAUGGAUGGCCCAUCAGCUGUAAUUACCAGUGGAACAGGCCCUGUCAUGCUAGAAUAGGCCGCUGACCAGAGCUUAUGUCGCAUUAGUGCAUGAUUUUCGCAA